CUGUCACAGCGUUCCUCGACGAAAGCGAAUCGCGCCUCUCUCAUUGAAGAGUCUUCCAAAGCCAAGAUGACGGUGAGGGAUGCUGCACGCCUAGAACGACAACGGAAACUUGCAGAGGUGUUGCGUACGCAAGCGGAAGCAGAGGAACAGGGAGAGGAUGUGGAGCGGCAGAAGAAUUGGGAAUGGACGAUAGAAGAGAAUGACAAUUGGGAAAAGAAGAAGGCGAGGAAAGCACGGAGAGCAGAUUACGAGUUUCAUGACGAUGCUCACGCAGCUCGACGGCGCUACAAGAAAGACCUUGACCUCAUUAAACCGGACCUUGUUGCGUACAGCCGACAGAAAGAGGCCGUACUGGGGUUGGCGCCUGGAUCACUUUCCAACUUCUACCGAGAUGCCAAUACUCUAUUGUAUGCCGACAAUAAACCUACUGAAGAUGCCAUCGACAGAUUGGUUGGCAAGAUCAACAGAGACAUUGACAAGAAGGGCAAAUUCUCCCGAAAGAGACUCAACGAGGAUGAAGGCGAUAUCACCUACAUUAAUGAGCGGAAUCGCGUAUUCAACAAAAAGAUUGCGCGAUACUACGACAAAUAUACCUCAGAGAUUCGGGCUAGUUUCGAGCGGGGAACAGCACUAUGA